CACAUAUCCUUUAACCAAACACAACCACCAAGAACAAGACCCAAAAUCCCAAAUGCAACAAUCACCAUCUUCUUCAUCUUCCUCAACCUCUCUUCUUUCUAAUUCUUGAUUCGUGAUUCUUGAUUCUUGAUUCUGAUUCUGCAAGUAAGCCAUGGAGACGAUUCUCCUCCCCCUUUCCAAAACCCCCCAAUUCCCCAGAUCAAAUUGUACCCUAAAACCCCUCUGCUGCACCUUCACACAACACCACAACAAAAACCCUAACAUUCUUAAAAUCAGACAGCCCCCAAUUUCAAAUUGGGCAGUGAAUCUGCACCAGGGAAUUGCGGCGCUCGCCAUUUCCUUAGCCCUAAAUUUUUCCCCAAUUUUGGACCACUCUGCCCUCGCCUCCGAAUUCGACGUCCUCAACGAAGGCCCCCCCAAAGAUUCCUACGUCUUCGACGACGCCGGCGUCCUCAGCCGCAUAACGAAAUCCGAUUUGAAGAAAUUGCUGUCCGAUUUGGAGGCCAGAAAGGGUUUCCGCAUCAACAUCAUCACUGUCCGCAAGCUCACUAGCAAAGCUGAUGCAUUCGAAUACGCCGAUCAAGUGCUGGAAAAAUGGUACCCGACUCUGGAAGAAGGGAACAACAAAGGCAUCGUCGUGCUGAUCACCAGCCAGAAGGAAGGUGCCAUCACCGGCGGGCCUCAGUUCAUCCAGGCCGUCGGAGAUUCCGUUCUGGACGCCACCGUGUCGGAGAAUCUUCCAGUUUUGGCGACGGAGGAGAAAUACAAUGAGGCGGUGUACAGCGCGGCGAGGAGGCUGGCGGCGGUGAUCGGCGGCGAGGCGGAUCCCGGCGGGCCUCAGGCGAAGGAGAACAAAAGAGAAUCGAACUUUAAGACAAGGGAGGAGACGGAGGAGAAGCGGGGGCAGUUCACUCUGGUAGUGGGAGGUUUGUUGGUCAUUGCUUUUGUUGUUCCAAUGGCACAAUACUAUGCUUAUGUCUCCAAGAAAUAAUAACAAUAAUAAUAUAUUUAGUUUUAUUUAAUUAAGGAUAUCAUGUCGAUGUCUUAGAAAUGUAUUCAUCUCUAAAUGUUACAAACAUUAUAACAAAAUAGUAUUAUUUUUUAACAA